UGUGUGUGUGUGUGUGUGUGUGUGUGUGUGUGUGUGUGUGUGUGUAGGUUUGUGUGCGUGUCUUUGUGUAGGACAGAAAGCUGGUAUAUGUAGCAUCUCUACGUCAAAGUUACUCUGCCCCAAAUGGCAUGGAUUGGCAAGCGGAGGUGUGCCCAGGCGUGACCGUUCCCAAUUGAAAUUGGAACUGUUCUUCCCUGCUGAACCAGGAAAUGAAUAAAAAUUUAACAAAAAACUUGAAUUCUACGAUCAAUAUUUUUAGAUGGAAUUUUGUAGUCUGUCUUGUCUUUAGUGAUGCAUCGUGCCUAUGGUGAAAGGCAAUGUACUCCAGCAUAUCAUGAUUUCAUUUAACUAAAAGCCCCUGGACAACAUCAGGUGCUAAGAGACCCAACAGACAAAUAUCCUGCACUGUAGAACCCAUAAUGCUAACUGUUGAUGUUUCAAUCGCUAUGUUAUGAUUAUUAUAUUGAUAGUUUAAUUUGGAUGGAAUUGGGUGGGAUUUAGAGACUGGGUUAAAUAAAAUUGUAAAAUUAUCAGACAAAGCCACAUUGAACGUUACCCCCCCAACUCCUUGGUUUUCUGGAAUUCCUGGUUAGAGUAUUCCGGACCUUUGAGUAAGAGCCGAGCGGGAGUGCGUGGGCAGUUGGGGCGGGUGCCCCGAUUUUUAGUUGUUCUUUUAUUGGCUAUUUAGAUGGAAUGCCACGAGUCCCGUGUGCGGCUCGAAGCCAGCUGUUUACUGCAUGUAUGAAAACUGUCUUAGCAAUUAGAAGAGAGUCAAGAUGCCUGGUAGGUGAAAAAGAAAUGAACUAUCUGAAUGCUCCUCCUUGCUUAACUUUAUUUAAUGAAGAUUUUAAAAAGAAAAUUGUCUUUUUGUGUUUGUUGUGUGAAAGAACACUGCACCCCACCACUUCUUUCUUGUCCUGUCACCCUCCACAACAAAACUUUUAACAAUGCAAAUCAGUGAUAUGAACACUCACCUCACACAAACCAGCCUCUCUAACUAUCAAGUUUGUUCACAUCAAUGGCUUUGUUGGUUUUGACUUUUGUGAUGUAGAUGGAGAUUUCUUGACAUAAAUGUGAAAAUGUGAAGUAAAAAUGUUUUUUGUGAGGGGUUGACAAUUGUAUCAGUCCUUAAUGGAAAUUGACAGAUAUUGUAUAGCUAGAACCUGUGUUAUUGAAUCUCUGAACUAAAGUAACCAAAUGUAAUUUAUACUGUUAUUAUAUGCAUUACAUGCAGUUAACACUUCUGUGGGAUGAAAGAGAUUAAAGUCCGUCUUAUAUAGCAGUAGUAGAAAGAUUGAUACAUUGCAAUGCAUUUAGCUGCUAAUAACACUUCAAACAAAGUGACUCCACGUUGGCCAGACACAGUACGCAGUUCUUUUCAAUGUGUAGUAGGGAGUUACUGCUUAGUAAUGGUCACUCCGUACUUGUUUAUUUGUGUUUUGAAGGUCCUUCAUUUAAACUAGAAAUAAGAAGUCCAAGAAUCAAUCCCUGUGGUACUCCACAUUGGCCAAAUGUUGUUGCUGUGUCAACAUGUGUUCCUUACCAUCCUCACCACUGACUAAUGUAAAAAUUUGACAGGCCUGUUGUACUGAGAUUUGCUACUAGAUUAACCAUAUUUAAUCUCUUGGUAAACCAUCAGUAGGUGCUAUAACCAGCUGCCCAGCUCUUCUCAAUUUCAAACAUCUUUAGACUCCCCUUGGCCAACUUUUUAACAUGGCUUUCAGGGUUAUGUUUUGGAUGGAAUUGCAACACUUUCAAGAUAACACUAGAAGGUAAAAUUAACAUUUGUGGAAACAGUAGAAUAUUUGAGAAGUCUCUCUGUACAAUGACAUUUUUCUUGUUUUCUAUAUAAACCUACUCUGACUAUACAGCCUACUCAACACAUUGUUUGGAUGGUAAAUUCAUUCACAUUGUCAUCUGGUACUUAUUGUAUGAAUAAUUGGUGCUAGUUGCCUUCAUCAAGUCUUCAAAGAGACAUUUAAAAGAAUCCAUGAACUGUAUAGGCUACACAACUGAAAAUUAGUUGUCUUGUACUUUCAUAAAUAUUUUUUUGGGGGAGAGGUGUUUAAUUACUCUUACUGACAGGGCCGUAGGAAGCAGAAGCUAGAGGGCCUGGGAUGUAGAGGGGAGACCAAAUGAAUAGACACAACUGGUCGCUAAUGGUCGAGCCACUGUUCAAGUAUUUUCAAUACAAUUAUAGGCCAUUGUGUUAUAAUGGUAAUUUGGUUAUGCUUUUGAAAGUUAGAUGUUCAUGUUAGUUUAGUCAUGUCAAGUGUUUAAAUGUUUGUUUAGCAGUAAUAGUGCAUUUACAGAACAGCAUGUGUAAACUACACAUUAGUGAUGUUUUCUUUUUUUAAGCAGAACUAUGGGUGAUUGUUCACUGUAUGCAGUGUGUGGUGUUUAAAUACACUUGAAAGUAGGGUUUCAAAAGUCUUUGGAAAAUAAGCAAGGACUUUGAUGUCCUAGUUCUGAGGGUGAGCUGGUUCUACCGUUGCUGUGGCAGUACAGUGAAAUGCUUAGAUUUGUCUAUGUGGACGUUGCUCUGCUGCAGUGGUGGGGCGACCAGGAGACCAGAUUGGGUAGAAUUAAGAGGUCAGGUUGGGUUUGAGCUUGAAGGUAGUAAGGGGGAGUUCCUCAAGCUGCUUUGUAGGCAGGAAUAGUUUUUCUAAUGGUUGCUAACUAACUGGAAGAUGCCUAGUGUGUGUGGAGGGCUGGGCUGAAGGAUAACUGGGGGAGGUUGAGAAGCCCACCAGCCAGUGGUCCAGAUGUGCCUGGAAUAGGAGCUGCGCUACUUCAUGUGUAAGAUCUGUGAGGUCUGCAGCGUCACUAGGAGUUGCCAGUGUUUCAUUGCUGGAGGGCGUGACCUAAUUGGGACAGAACAACACAUGGCAUCUGACACACAGAGACACAGACUCCUCAGAGAGAGGAGAUGCUAUUGCUGUGUGUAAGUCACUUGUUCGUUGGUUAUGAAGAUAUUUAUUGGAACAAAACUGGGAUGGUGCACAGCUUAUUAUGUUUGGUCUGUUUGUUUUUGCUUAUAUCCACAACCAAUAGAUAAUACAAUAUGGAUGGCACAAAUUACACUCAAGAGACUCAGAGACUUCCUUCUCAUUUUAUUGGCAACAAAGUUCCUUUAUGUGGAAUGGAAUACAAUGUCAGCUGGGUCCAUUCCCAUGACAACUCCUCUGUAAAGUAUGAAAUACCUAGCUGCCCAUACACCACAGUUGAGCUCAUCGUUAUUGUCGUGGUUACUGGGUCUCUUAGCUUUAUCACUGUCCUGGGCAAUAUUCUGGUGAUGCUGUCAAUCAAAGUCAACCGCCGCCUCCAAACGGUCAACAACUACUUCCUGUUCAGCCUGGCGUGCGCUGACCUCAUCAUCGGUCUGCUAUCCAUGAACCUCUACACACUCUACAUCAUCAAGGGCUACUGGCCUCUGGGCGAGGUUGUCUGUGACUUGUGGUUGGCCUUGGACUACGUGGUCAGCAACGCAUCAGUUAUGAACCUCCUGAUCAUCAGCUUUGACCGCUACUUCUGUGUGACCCAACCUUUGACCUACCCAGCUAGGCGGACCACCAGACUGGCUGGACUGAUGAUUGCGGCGGCCUGGCUUUUAUCUCUGUUUCUCUGGGCCCCGGCCAUCCUCUUUUGGCAGUCCCUGGUGGGCAAACGCAUAGUCCCUAAUGGGGAGUGCUACAUCCAGCUCCUGUCCAAUCCUGCGGUCACACUGGUAACGACGGUCCCUGCGUUCUACCUGCCCGCGAUCAUUAUGAUUGUCCUGUAUGCCCGUAUAUCUUUUGCCAGCCGCAGUAACUACACGGCAGAGCUGAAGAGAGCGAGGCCCUCUAGUGGACAACCAAAACACAGCAGCCUCCAUAAGAGGAGCGGUGUCUUGACUCCAAAAUGUGUAGAGCAUAGGAACAACUCGACCAUUAGCAUUGAAGAUGAGACCAGUAUCCGCCCUGAGCAGGGGAUCAUCAGCCACACAUGGAGUGCAGAGCACUCCACAACUAAGCCCUCCCAGCAAAGCUUAAUACUCAAUCACUCCACAGAAACUAGUGCACCUGGAAAAAAAAAAUCCCCAGUGCCUGGAAAGGCCCAGGUAAAAGGAAGCAGACAGACAGCAGUGAGAGAGAGGAAAGUGGCAAAGACUAUUUCUGCGGUUCUUUUGGCUUUCAUUCUUACCUGGACUCCGUACAGUGUCAUGGCUGUCAUCGGCACCUACUGUCACUUCUGCAUUCCAGGCACCAUGUGGACCAUGGGCUACUGGCUGUGUUAUAUCAACAGCACCGUUAACCCAGUGUGUUAUGCUCUGUGUAAUGUCACCUUCAGAAAGACCUUCAAGAACUUGCUGAGGUGUCAGUUCCAAAACACGGAGGUAAAGUGAGGAUGGUGUAAACUAUUGUAACACCACAGUCAUAUUUGAAUAUUGGUAUCAUAUUGGUAAUAGUUAAUGUCAAAUAGUAUUUUAUAGGACAUAUUACAUAAACAGCUAUCAAUAAAAGGAAUUACAUUCAAAAUUCCAUAUAAAAUUGUAUACAGUGACUGU